AUGGCCAUCCUCGAUCUUUUGCGAGGCCGCCGCGCGCAGGAGCAGCAGCAGCCGCAGCAAUUUGACACUGAUACUCCCUCCAAAUUUCCCCAAUUCACUAUCUUUUCUCGUCCGGGCUCGUCGUUAGGUGAUGACAGUAGCACGCCUUCAUCGGGUAUUGCCACCCCAAUUGAAGAGAAGCAGCUCACGAAGCUGGGACCAUGUCCCGAAAUUGGUCGUCUGGCCUCGUGGAAAGGCGCCCUCAUCCUGCUCGUCACCUCCGGCUCCCAAUUCCUCGACAAUGUCUUCAUGACCAGUGCCAAUGUCGCUUUGUCAUCUAUUCAAGAGAACUUUGACGUGUCGGACACCAAUCUCCAAUGGAUGAUCUCCGCAUACACCCUUACGUUUGGUGGGUUCUUGCUCCUUGCGGGUGUUCUUUCCGACCGGUAUGGUCGCAAGUUGAUCCUCUGUCUGGGUCUAAGCUGGCUCUCCCUUUGGACCCUGGCCAUUGGCUUCGGCCAAUCAUUCAUCCAACUCACAGUCUUCCGCGGUCUGCAGGGCAUGGGAGCUGCGCUCACUGUGCCUUCAGCGAUCGGAAUCAUCAGCUCCUACUUCAGUGGGCUUGAUCGGACCCGCGCACUGUCCAUCUACGCUUCCUCCGGAACUGUGGGGUUCUGCGUGGGUCUUAUUUUUGGUGGCUUCCUUACUUCCUCUCUGGGAUGGCGAUACAUCUUCUACUUCAUUGUCAUCAUCACCGGCUCGCUAGGCAUCCUGGGUGCGAUUGUCCUUCCCAAGGACAACCUUGCUGGCAAGGAAAAGCCCAAGAUGGACUAUGUCGGCGCCAUGCUCUCCACUGCGGGUCUGAUUCUCCUCCAAUUCGUGCUGUCCAGCGGUGGCUCCUAUGGCUGGGGCACACCCUUCAUCAUUGUCCUUCUGGUGCUGGCCGUUGCCCUGCUGGUGGCUUUUACUCUCUGGGAGAAGUUCAUUUCGUACCCACUGAUGCCUCUGGGCUUGUGGAAGCUCCCUAACUUUGCUGGUCUGUGGAUCGCAGGAUUUACCUGCUACGGCAGCUACCAAAACGUCAUCUACUACAUCGUCCUGAUGGCCCAAGAAGUGGACAAGCUGUCUGCCGGCGACACCGCCCUCCGCUUCCUUCCCAUGGGAGUGAUCGGAUUCAUCGCCUCCAUGGGCACCGGCAAGGCCCUCGAAUACGUCAAUGGGAAAUACACCCUGCUGGCGGGGUUGAUCCUCACUGUUCUCGCCCCAGUCCCGAGCGCUAUCACAUCCAGCCCGGAAACCAGUUUCUGGGUCAAUGUCCUCCCCACCUCCCUGAUCAGCAUCACUGCCGUCUCCCUCAUCUUCGUCACCACCAGCACUGCCAUUCUCACUACUGUCCCUGUGCAUGUGAAGAGUCUAUGUGGUGGAAUGGUAAGCUCCAUCCCCUAUCCCCUUUUUUACAUCACAAUGGAAGCCCCAAACUAA